CCGUGCUUUGUCUCAUUUCACUAUCUAGAGAGAGAGAGAGAGAGAUGGGGAAUUGCCAAACUAGUAUUGAUAAUGCAGCUUUGCUCAUACAACACCCCAAUGGUAAAGUGGAAAAGCUUUAUUCUCCCGUCAGUGCUAGCCAAAUUAUGAAGAUGAAUCCUGCCCAUUAUGUUGCUCUUCUUCUCACCACUAUGUCCCCACCCUCAAACAAAACAACUCGAAUUAUGCGAAUAAAGCUUCUCAAGCCGACUGAUACCCUUGUUCUUGGUCAUAUUUACAGACUAGUUACUGCUCAAGAGGUAAUGAAAGGAUUGUGUGCCAACAAGUAUGCAAAGCAGAAACAGUUAGAAUAUUCAGCGGACAAAAUGACACAGAUAUUACAUUCUAAGGUUAAACAUCGAAAGUCUAUAGGUGCAAAAUCAAGAGCUUGGCAUCCCUCGUUGCAGAGCAUAUCUGAGGCUGCAGACUGAUUUGUGAUAUUAAAGAGAGUCAGCAAAAAUGUUGCAGAUUAUACGUUCAGGAGAUGGAAUUGGUGGUUUCUCAAAUUCAAGUUAAGAGUAGCAGGUCCUGUUAUGCGGAAUUAGUCACAUGUAUAGAAAAGGAAAAACGAGAAAAAAGAUCUCGCACAUCUCAACUUUUUGAUUGUUUGGAGGCACUUAUUCAAUUGAAAUUACUUGUAAGCACCAAAUUUUGUUUAAUUGAAAAAUUAAUUAUAUCUAAUGGAAUGGAUCAUUGUAGUGAUUCUCC